AUGAACGAAGGGCUGACGGAGCGUUUCGGGCGCUCUCGACGCGUCUUCAGGCCAGAGCCCGGUCGCGACGUAGCAGAGGUCUGUAUUCAACCACCGCAACUCAAUCUCAAGGUGCGAGAGUACUUUGAAGAUGCCAAGAGGGCGGUCGAGGGUGGCAGCUGGCUACUUCGUCCGGAGAUCCCCUCGGCAGCCGAGAUCCUGGACAUUGACGAGACCGGUUCGGACUCAUCAUCAACCUGUGUCGAAAUCGUGCCAAAUAAGCCAAAGGGAGCUUGGGAGUCUAAGGGUACGUCCAAUGUCACUGCGCUCACAUUCGACCCCAAUGCAUCCGAAGCUGAUGGCCACUCUAUAGAGGCCUAUCUAGGCGCACAGUACGAAUUGCUACGAGAAGAUGCAGUCCGGAUGCUGCGGGAAGCGGUCUCAUUGGUACGAGUAACGCCCGACGCCAAAGAAGACGCGUUCAACGGCAAAAUCGGCCUGUACGAGAAGGUCCACGUCUGCGGUAUGAUCUGUUCGGGUCGCGGGGUCGCAAUUCGCGUCACAUUCAGCCUCAGUCGCGUCGGCAAGCAGAUUCGAUGGGAGCAGAGCAAGCGUCUCAUUACUGGUGGUCUUGUGGUCUUGACACCAGCCAAGGACAUGUUCCAAAGCAAAGCCAUCGUUGCUACUGUUGCCGCUCGCCCUAUAUCUGGUGCGCUGGAUCGAAAUCCGCCAGAGAUCGAUCUCUUCAUUCGAGCGGAUGAGCUGGAGCUUGACCCUACUGUAGAAUGGGUGAUGGUAGAGGAGAGGCAGGGCUUCUACGAGGCUCAUAGACAUACUCUAAUGGGACUGCAGAAGAUGACGAGGGAGCGCUUCCCACUGGCCGAGCAUAUCGUCGAAGUCAACCCCACAGUCUUAUCUCCGCAGCACGUCGUCGACAACCCACUGGCUGACCUCACGUCUGUUCUACGCAACAACCGACACGAGACAUACGAGAAGAUUCACAUGCUUAAGCACUGGCCUGCUCAACCCUCAAGUGAUAUGGAUGCGUCUCAGCUGGCAGCGCUUCGCCGUAUGCUUACGAAGAAGCUGGCGAUCAUUCAAGGUCCUCCGGGAUGUGGCAAGACUUAUGUCUCUGUUCAAGCUAUCAGGGUCAUGCUCGCAAAUCACAAGCCUAAAGACCCACCAAUCAUCCUGGCCUGUCAGACCAACCAUGCCAUUGAUCAGCUCUUACGUCACGUCGCGGAGUUCGAGAAAGACUUUGUCCGUCUGGGGGGAAUGUCCAAGGAGAAGGAAGUCAUCAAACCUCGCACUCUGUACGAAGUUCGCCAGUCAGAGUCUCGUGACAAUGUCGCCGGAUGCUUUAAGCAAAACGCCAGAAGGAAGAUGAAAGAUCUGGAGAAGGAAUUUAUCUUACUGCUGUCACCCCUGGAGCCUACCAAAAUACCGCUGGACUUUCGCAUGCUCGAAAAAUUUGGUCUUCUCACUCCCAAACAGGCCGAUACGCUCGAGUCUGGAGCCUCAGAGUGGGUGCAGGACAAGAAGACUAAUGUGACUGACGCGCGCACCUCACCGUUCACAGUGUGGCUAACCAAAACGCUUAUUGCUGUGCCACCGAAGCAGAAGCCGGAGCUGUACGAGUUCCCACUCGAGGAGGCGGAUCUUGGCUUCGAGCAGCUCAAAGAGCUAGAAGCUGAGAACAUGGCCAAGGAUGACGAGGAUUUCGACACUCUCAGAGGCUUACGACUGCCACUUGCCGACAACUUCACGUGCCGCAAGGUUACGGGCGUCACAGCAGCCAAAGUGAAGGAUUUACUGAAGCAGCAAGACAUGUGGAAGAUACCGGAGGCCAUGCGCGGCGAGGUAUAUCGCUACCUCCAAGGUGAGCUUAAGAACCAGCUCCUUACCGGCUUCCGUGAGAAAGCCAAGUUCUUCAACGAGCAGGCUGGAAAGCGACGCAUCGGCCAAUUCGAGGAGGACGAGAUCAUACUGAAGGAGCAGAAGGUUAUUGGCAUGACAACGACCGGUUUCAGCAAAUAUCGCGCUCUCUUGUCUGCGCUGCAGCCGAAGAUCGUGCUUAUCGAAGAGGCUGCCGAGACGCUUGAGGCCCCAGUCACGGUCACUUGUCUGGCUUCGGUGCAACAACUCAUCCUGGUGGGAGACCACAAGCAAUUACGUCCUCACUGCCACGUCAAAGCGCUUGAGGCCCCAGAGUACAGCUUCAACAUAUCUCUCUUCGAGCGUAUGAUCGAGAACGGUAUUGAUUUCGAUAUGCUCGCCAAACAGCGUCGCAUGAUCCCCGAGAUCCGUCGCAUACUCUACCCUAUCUACGGCGACAAGAUCAAAGAUCACCCAUCGGUACUCGAUUCAGCCAAGCGACCUAACGUACCAGGCAUGGGUGGAAUCAACUCGUGCUUCUUCAGUCAUGAUUGGCCAGAGCAGCGCGAUGAUCAGAUGUCAGCACUCAACAAAUCUGAAGCCGAGAUGGUCGUUGGCAUGGCGGAGUACCUGGUCUGUAACGGUGUGGCCGGCCGAGAGAUCACCAUUCUGACCUUCUACAACGGCCAGCGCAGGUAUCUGCUUCGACUUCUCGGGGCAUCGCCUGUCCUGGUUGGCAACAAGCCUGUCGUGGUCACGGUCGAUUCGUACCAAGGCGAGGAGAACAGGAUCGUGCUUCUGUCGCUAGUGCGCAGCAAUGAACACGGCCAGGUCGGCUUUCUGGAUGUGGAUAAUCGUGUCUGCGUUGCUCUGUCCCGCGCUCAAUGCGGCUUCUACAUCUUCGGUAAUGGAGCGCUCUUAUAUGAUCGCAAGACCAAGAAAGGGCAGAAGAACACGUGGCGUGCUAUCCUUGACAUCUUGGCUGGCACCAAACAGAUCAAAGAUCGUCCUACAUUUCAGCCAACCCGGCUCUUUAAUCAUCUGCCAAUCACAUGCAGCAACCACGGCACGCAGACACAGGUCGCGGAUCCUUCGGAUUGGCAGACUGUCAAUGGUGGCUGCACGCGCGAAUGUGACGGUCAUCUACCUUGUGGACAUCCUUGUCUGCUCAAGUGUCAUCCCUACGGUCACGACGAGGUGCCAUGUCAACAACAGUGCGGCAAGAUGCUCCCAUGCGGUCAUGCCUGUGAGAAGAACUGCGGUGAUGUGUGCUCAUGCGCACAGUGCAAACCAAAGCGUCCAGUCGAUACCACAAACUUCCCUCGCAAGCACCACGUGGAGUACGAUGGCCAGGAGCGGCUGUCACGGACAUCAAGCACUGAGUCAUGGAAGUUGUUUGCUAAGGAGGAGAACGUUCGGUACAACAUUGCUGCUUCUGCUCCACCAUCCAACAACACGAGCCCGCAGAAGCCUUUGCGACUGGAGCCUGUCGAUGAGAAGCUGCUUGAUCUCGAUGAGGAAGUCACGCCAAGGUUGAGCAAAUUGUUGAUGAGCCAGAUGGAUGGUACUUCGGAAGGCAGUGGCAGGACGAUCACGCAGAAUCUGUAUGAGCGUGGGGGUGGCGCGCAUAGUGAUGAUAGAAAGGGCAAGAUGAAGCAUGAGGAGUGUGGCGGCGGGAAUUUGAUUGUGGUGGAUGAGGAGACCAAGAGUCAUGCCAAGGACUGGAGUAAGGAGCAUAGCCUGCUUGAUUGA